UCGGCUGGCGGGCCUGGCGGUACCGGCGGCGUGGCGGCAGGAUGGUGAAGCUCACGGCGGAGCUGAUCGAGCAGGCGGCGCAGUACACGAACGCCGUGCGCGACCGCGAGCUCGACCUGCGCGGCUACAAGAUCCCCGUUAUCGAGAACCUGGGCGCCACCCUGGACCAGUUCGACGCCAUCGACUUCUCCGACAACGAGAUCCGCAAGCUGGACGGGUUCCCGCUGCUGCGGCGCCUCAAGACGCUCCUCAUGAACAACAACAGGAUCUGUCGGAUCGGGGAAGGACUGGAACAGGCCUUGCCCUGUCUCACGGAGCUCGUUCUUACCAAUAACAACAUCGCUGAACUGGGUGAACUGGAUCCAUUAUCAACUAUUAAAUCGUUGACUUAUUUGAGCGUUUUAAGGAACCCUGUAACAAAUAAGAAGCAUUACAGAUUGUAUGUAAUCCACAAAGUUCCUCAGGUCAGAGUGCUGGAUUUUCAGAAAGUGAAACUCAAAGAGCGACAGGAGGCAGAGAAAAUGUUCAAGGGCAAACGGGGUGCACAGCUUGCAAAGGAUAUUGCCAGGAGAGCAAAAACCUUCACUCCAGGUGCUGGUCUGUUGGCAGACAAGAAGAAAUCUGGGCCCUCGCCCGGGGACGUGGAGGCCAUUAAGGCUGCUAUAGCAAACGCCUCAACUCUAGCUGAAGUGGAGAGGCUGAAGAGCUUGUUACAGUCCGGUCAGAUACCCGGGAGGGAACGAAAACCAGGCCCCUCGGAGGAUGCCGAAGAGGAGAUGGAGGAGGACCCCGUUCCCAACGGCUCCUAAGCAGCGUGGCGGCGCUGGCGGGAGCUGCCCUCGCCUGGCUGGAGGGCUCUCCGUGCCCGGGCCUUGUGAGCCCCACCUUUGCCCGGAACGGGCCGUUUUGUACCCAUUUUCUCGCUGUACAUU